UACUUAAAAAAGGUUCUUGGGUGGAGCUUUUUCAAGCUGAUCAUGAAUAUAAAGAGAAACUUUGUUCUCAAACUCAAUGUGACGGUCAUUUCAUGAACAUAGAAGUGAAGAUCACCAUUUUUGAUAAUGAAGAGCCAAGUUUUCUUGCCACCUGGAACUCUUUUGGCUCUUUCAAAGCAGUGAACCAUGCUGAUACCCUUUGUCAGAACCUGGCCGUUUUUGGAGCCGAAUCCAGCUUUGCCGAUGUGACUGUGUGCACUGUCGCCGAUGGAAAAGAGUUUAAAGUGCACUCUACCAUACUCGCAAUGCGCAGUCCAGUGUUUGCAGCCAUGUUUGCAGAGGGAAACUUUAAAGAAAGUCAAGAAAAGAAGGUGUACAUUGAAGACUUUGAUGGUCAAGUGAUGGGAGCAUUCAUCGACUACUUGUACGGACGAAAGAACACUGAAUGGAAAUCGUUUGCUGGUGAUCUUGCCAAAGUUGCUGAUAAGUACGACGUUCCAUCGUUGUUUACUGCUUGCGUCACCAGUCUUGCUGCCGAAGUCAAUGUUGAAAAUGCGUCAAAAAAUUUUUACUACGCAUAUCAGUUAGGAAUGCCCAACUGCAUGAACGAAAUUGCCCAGUUUAUCGUCAAAAACAAGGCAGCUGUCAUGGCCACUGAUGGAUGGAAGGAAUACUUUUUUCAAGAUGUCAAGUUGUUGGGAGCACUAUUCUCAAUCAUCUAA